GUGUAUAUGCGGCCAUGAAUGAGUUACGGCCUUGUGCUCCUCUAAGCCUAAAACAUGUUCUCGCCCAAGAAUUAGCAGCUGGACUACAGGCUGUCUCCGAUUACUUACUAAGAUACAGUGCAACUAGAAUGCUCAAAGAAAACGAGUCCAUACUUUUCCACGCUCUCUGUCGAGCAUUCCUCGAGGUUGUGUGUCCACAUUGUUCAAUAUGUUUUGGUCGAUGCUAUCCGGGAGGUGCAGCUCUUCUUGCAGAUAUGAGAAGCACGUUUGGAGGAAUUGAUAGACUCCUGUCGAUUUCUUCAUCAUCUAGAGACUUGCCAAAGGCGGUUAAAUUGGAAAGACGAAGUUCUUCUGGUGUUGCACUAGAAAAUGGUGGCUCGACUCCUGUAGAAAAUGGAGUUGUUAAUGUGGAAACGAAGGAAGCUCCAAAUGUGGAUGAUGACAAGGGAGAUGGUGGUGAAGUGGUUCAAACAGAGGAAAAGACUUUUGAUUCUUGAUGAUGUUGAGUUUUGUUUGUUUAUUGUUUUGAAGUUUAUGGAAUUGCAAUUUUUAGUUUACAUGAUUAUUGUAUUACACUAUGAGUUGUGAUCUUACCUGCCAAACAGCAAUAGAGUUGAUGGAUUAUAAAAUUGGAAAAUUAAGUGUUAAUAUUUGAUAUUGAA